GCAACCCAGAACUGCACUGCAAUUAUUUCUUGCCUCUUACAGUCACUGACGACACCCUCCUUUCCGCCUAUAGCUUGGCACUCACCCAGAAAUAGAGCUCCCAUCUUCAUACAAACGUUCUCGGACGAACGGCGGCCAGCAUCCUUGACAGAAAAUCCUAGCAAAUCAAAUAACCGUACACAUGGAUCCAUCUAAUAGUGCUACGCAGUACGACGAGCAUCCACGGCACCGACAUCCUCAAGAAGAACCUUGGAAUAACACUCCUCCACAAGCUCCAUACUCCUCGGAAAAUUCCUCUGUCACUUUUGUAAAUGGCGAUAUCUCUAAUAACGGCAACAGGGUACCGCGAGACAUUACGCGGACGCCGAGCCCCACGCCUAGUGAGGCGAAAGAGUUGAAGACUGGUGUGUUCAGUUGGGAGGUCAUGGGGAAGUGGCGGUUCUGGUUUCGAAGAGAGUGGUUAUGGUAUUACGUCGCACUGGUCAUCAUUCUCGUCCUGACAGCUCUCAUGACGCUGUACCACAAGCAGAUCGUUGACUGGCUCACACCUGUUUCACGCUGGUUACACGAUCUAAGUUUUGGGUGGCUGGUCCCUAUUGGAAUACUAUUCGUUAUUUCAUUUCCUCCUCUUUUCGGCCAUGAAAUUGUUGCUAUACUCUGCGGGCUUGUCUGGGGUCUAUGGAUUGGAUUUGGUAUUGUUGCCGCAGGUACAUUCAUUGGUGAAGUUGGCAACUUUUACGCCUUCAAGUAUUGUUGUCGUGCUCGUGGUGAGAAACUCGAACGCACAAAGAUUACAUAUGCCUGUUUGGCAAAGGUCGUCCGAGAUGGCGGAUUUAAGAUCGCUUUGAUAGCGCGUCUGAGUGCAAUUCCAGGACAUUGCAAGUUCCUCACAACGGCGGUGUUUUCGACGUGUGGAAUGGGAAUCAUCGUCUUCUGUAUUGCGGCAAUCUUGUCGCUACCUAAACAGUUUAUCACUGUGUACCUGGGGGUCAUUCUGGAGCAGUCAUCGACAGGCACAACUGAUACGAAAUCUCGGAUAAUAUCUGAUGUUGUUCUGGUCAUCACAUUCCUGAUCACCAUCGCCGCUAUGUGGUACAUUUACCAUCAAAUGAACAAGGUGAAGCCCGAAGUCAUUUAUGCGCGAAGGAAAGCCAGGUGGCCAACCUUUCCCUACAACCAGUCGGAUGUCUUCGAUGCCUCCACUUCUGAUGUCAACAUCCCCUUGACUCCCCGAGCUGCUGGACACGCCGAACGCGGUGAUCUGUACCCGUUCUCUCAUCCGUACCAAUACGGUUCACAGACUGGUGCCGGACCUACCAGUGUUAUUUAUGCACCGGCACCCCAAAAUCCGAAUUACGAAUACAAGCCAACCAACAAUUAUGGCUAUUCAAAAUCUUCCGAAUAUCUGGAUGAUGCUUCCUCUUCUGGUCAUUCGUCUCACACGCACAUCAUGUCGAGACCGAGUGUUGACGACGUGAGUUGGGAGACUGGGCGGUAUGGUCCGCCUGGGAUAUCGACGCCGCCGCCUAAUACGUCUCAGUAUCACCGGCCCUCCCCCCCGAUAGCGCCGCAGGAUGUGCAUCUACCUGCGUCUCCUCACCUGCCUUCUCCUUAUGAGGUGCGGCAUGUGGGAGAGCCCACGGGGGCGUCAUAUCAUACUGCGGUUGGGAGGGAAGCGUCGGAAGCAUCUACUGUCAUGGACAUCCCUGGUGGAUUUAAUGCAAAUCGGGUGCACUCACCGCCUCCACCGAGUUACACAACAACUGCGCGAUGACGAUGAUGGAUAUAAUAUUGUACAUAUUUUUUUAUUAACUGGUUGGACUUAUACCCCUGGUUUCAUUUGUGUCUACUACUCUUCUCGGACCUGUCCACUGUAAAUGUACAGCGACAUAUAUUCAUGU